AUGGAUUAUGAUGGUGGUAGGACUAAUCCAUCAUCUUCAUCAACCAUUCCGUCUUUGUUUCCAUUUAAUAUGUUGAAUUUUCCACCUACAAAUAACAAUCCAUUAAUAAACAGAUAUCCAUCAAAUAAUCAAUCAUCGUCAACGCCUCCUAAUUUAGCUGAUCUUCUUUUUACAUUGAAUGGAAAUUCUAAUUUAUCAUCUCAACAACAGCAAUCGUCGAAUAUGGCAUUUUUUCAAAAAUUAUUUGAUGGCGCACAACCACCAUGA